AUGUUUAUCUUUGUCCAUGGAAUAUUUGUGUGGGAGGGGGAGCUGCCAUGCAGAAAAUGGGACUGUGAAUGUGCUUUCAGUCGCUUGUGGGGCUGCUGCUGUGGAGCCACGGAGCUCUUUGAAGUGGAGGAUGAAAUCUUUAUGAGAAUGAUGGACCUGUCGAGGAGAUUGUUCCAACAGGGUGAUAGCAUCCUUGAAGUCAUAGGAGGAAUACGGAUUGCAUUCACAGCUUCUUUGAGCCACAAAACAAACUGCUUUGGCCCUUUGACCAGGAGCAGGCCGAUUCCUGAUGACACUGUCACCCUCAACCAUGGAAGUGGAUAUAACCCUACACGAGGUAUAUUCACAGCACCUCGCUCUGGACUCUGCUCCUUCUCCUUCUCGGUGUACUCGAAGGUGGGUGCAUCAGGCGAGAGGAUGUACUACAAGGUACGACUCAUGAGAGAUGGGGAAGUGAUGGCCUCAGCUUGGGAGGACAACAGGGAGGAUUCAGAGGACAGCAGCUCUCAUCUUCUGUCACUGCAGCAAGGAGGCCAGAUGUAUGUAGAGCUGCUUAACGACAGGCAGCUAUGUGGGAAUGCUGAGGGCCUGAACAGCUUCUCUGGCUCCUUAAUUUAUCACACUCUGCCCAAAUAAUGAUUUAUUUCUAUGUGGCUUCAAUGUUUCUGUCUGAUUGAAAGCU